ACCCGUGGCUACUUUCCACCACCUCUCACUUCUCGCAGCUCUACCUGGAGACCGGGACUGAGACACCGGGACUAUACCCGCCUACACCCGCACCUUUCCUGGGGCGUUUUUUUUUUUUCCGGGGGACUCGAUUGACUGAUCCGCGGACCCAGUGGUGGAGGAGAUUUGUGGUGGCGUGGGGGAAGACAGGAGUUUUCACCGUUCCCCACCGUGCGGGGCGAGGGAUUUUUUCGUGCGUGUUUAUGUGUUUUACGCGCCGCUUGCACUGAUGGGGAAAAGUGGACAGAGAAGUGGAAUAGGACGCGAGCGCUGCGGCUCGGCGAGGAUGUGCGCCGCCACGCCGGGGAUCCUGCUCCUCCUGGUGCUCGCGCGGCCAGGAGUCGGACAAGUGAGAGACGAGGACGACUUCUUGAGUCUGAGCGAGCUCCCGGAGACCUUCCCCUCCGACCCGCCGGAGCCCUUACCUCACUUCCUGUUUGAGCCCGAGGAAGGCUACAUCGUCAAGAACAAGCCCGUCAAUCUUUACUGCAAAGCAACACCCGCCACACAGAUUUACUUCAAGUGCAACAGCGAGUGGGUCCAUCAGAAGGACCACACCGUGGAGGAGAGGGUGGACGAAAACUCAGGUCUGGUGGUGAGAGAAGCCAGUAUAGAAAUCACGCGGCAGCAGGUGGAAGAGCUGUUCGGCCCUGAAGAUUUCUGGUGUCAGUGUGUGGCCUGGAGCUCUGCUGGAACCACCAAGAGUCGCAAAGCGCAUGUGCGCAUCGCCUACUUGAAGAAGUCGUUUGAACAGGAACCCCUGGGCAAGGAGGUAUCUCUGGAGCAGGAGGUGCUGUUGCAGUGUCGUCCUCCGGAGGGCAUACCAGCUGCUGAGGUGGAGUGGUUGAAGAACGAGGAGAUCAUCGACCCUGCGGAGGACAGAAACUUCUACUUCACCAUCGACCACAACCUGAUCAUCAAACAGGCGCGGCUCUCCGACACCGCCAACUACACGUGUGUGGCCAAGAACAUCGUGGCGAAGAGAAGGAGCACGACGGCGACCGUUAUCGUUUACGUGAACGGUGGUUGGUCGACAUGGACGGAGUGGUCGGUGUGUAACAGCCGUUGCGGUCGGGGCUUCCAGAAACGGACCCGGAGCUGCACCAACCCCGCCCCUCUCAACGGCGGGCUGCCCUGUGAGGGCCAGGCCAUCCAGAAGCUGUCCUGCACCUCACUGUGCACCGUGGACGGUGUGUGGACCGAAUGGAGCAAGUGGUCAGCCUGUGGGACAGAGUGCACCCAGUGGAUGAGGAGGGAGUGCAACAACCCAGCCCCUAAGAACGGAGGGAAGGACUGUGACGGGCUCGUGCUCCUCUCCCAGAACUGCACCGACGGGCUCUGUAUGCAAACUGCUCCGAGCACAGAUGACGUGGCCCUGUACGUGGGCAUCGUCAUCGCCGUGAUCAUGUGCCUGGUCAUCUCUGUCAUCGUGGCGCUCUUUGUCUACCGCAAGACCCACCGGGACUUCGACUCGGUCAUCAUCGACACCUCAGCUCUCAACGGGGGCUUCCAGUCCGUCAACAUCAAAACAGCCAGAUCAGCUGAUCUACUGACAGUUCCUCCUGACUUGACAAAUGCCGCCGCCAUGUAUCGCGGUCCCGUCUACGCCCUCCACGAUGUUUCAGAUAAAAUCCCGAUGACCAACUCGCCGCUCUUGGACCCGCUUCCCAACUUGAAAAUCAAAGUCUACAACUCGUCUGGCCUGGUCACACCGCAGGACGACCUUGGAGGAGACUUCCCGUCCAAACUGUCCCCGAAGGUCACUCAGUCUCUGUUGGACCACAGUGACACCAUGAACCUGCGCAACCAGACCUUAGCCCGAACACGAGACCCGUCCUGCACGGCUCACGGCUCCUUCAACUUCCAGGGGGGACACCUCAUCGUGCCCAACUCUGGUGUGAGUCUGUUGGUUCCAGCGGGGGCCGUUCCUCAUGGCCGGGUGUACGAGAUGUAUGUGACUGUGCACAGGAAGGACAGCUUGAGACCUCCGGUAGAAGACAUCCAGACAGUGCUGAGCCCAGUGGUGAGUUGUGGGCCACCAGGGGCCCUGCUGACCAGACCGGUGAUCCUCACCAUACACCACUGUGCCGACGAUGUCCAUGAAGACUGGCUCAUACAGCUAAAGAACCAACUGGCCAUGGGAGAAUGGGAGGACGUGGUCGUGGUGGGAGAGGAGAACUUCACCACGCCCUGCUACGUGCAGAUGGACUCGGAGGCGUGUCACAUCUUAACAGAGACACUGGGGACGUACUGCCUGGUGGGCCAGUCCAUCGGCAAGGCGGCCGCCAAGAGGCUCAAACUGGCUCUGUUUGGACCCGUCUCGUGCACAACGCUGGACUAUCACAUCCGGGUGUACUGUCUGGACGACACACAGGAUGCGCUCAAGGAAGUUCUUCAGAUGGAGACCCAGAUGGGAGGGAAGCUCCUGGACGAGCCAAAGACCCUGAACUUUAAAGACAGCACACACAACCUGAGACUGUCCAUCCACGACGUGCCACACACACACUGGAAGAGCAAGCUCCUCGCAAAGUAUCAGGAGAUCCCGUUCUACCAGGUGUGGAGCAGCAGCCAGAGAACUCUCCACUGCACCUUCACCCUGGAGAGACUGAGCUCAGCCACCACGGAGAUCAGCUGCAAACUGUGUGUGCGGCAGGUGGAGGGAGAAGGACAGAUCUUUCAGCUCAGCAGCACUUUGGAGGAGGACCUCCAGUGCAUAGACACGUCCCUGAUGGACCCUGCCAGUAAUAUCACAACCUUAGUGGGGCCCAAUGCCUUCCGCAUUCCUUUAUCCAUCAGACAGAAGCUGUGCGGCAGUCUGGACGCACCGCAGACCAGAGGCAACGACUGGAGGAUGCUGGCCCACAAACUGAACCUUGACAGGUACCUGAACUACUUUGCCACCAAGUCCAGUCCCACAGGUGUGAUCCUGGAUCUGUGGGAGGCCCAGCACUUCCCCGACGGAGACCUCAACGAACUGGCCGCCGUGCUGGAGGAGAUGGGUCGCCAUGACGGCGGCCUCGCCUCCAUGACAAUGGACCAUUGACCGAGCCCAGAGGUUUCCAGGACAGUGACAGAACGCUGAAGACGAUUUGCUUGUGGCUUCUCUGCGGUGGCUGCUGCAGCUAAGGCAACGAACGACUCUGACGUGAGCAAAAAGGAAAAGUGGUUGCCACGGUGGCUGAGCACUCCGGUAAUCAGGCCGACCUGGUAACAGACAGGAUGAGAGCGGGGCUGGAACUAUGUGCAAAUCUCUACGUGUGUGUUUGCGGCGUCAUGUGUGACUUGAGGAGAGAGAACCCGACCUACCACACACACACACACACACACACACACACACACACACACACACACACAGUCUAUCAGGAACAAACUAUACACACACGCCUGAAAAAAGACCUUGUCUUGUGUUACACCAGUUGUUCUCUUGCUGUUAUUUUCUACUGAACAAAGACGAGCAGAGAAAAGAAAAAAAAAAAGAAUCAACUGAGGCACUGACCUUGAAAAAAAACCCGUCUUUAAUAAAAGGAACAGAAUUGGGAAUCGAGAGAAGAGAACUGAUUACAGACGAUGGGGGGGGGGGG